AUGUCUUCACGUUUUGAAGAGUCAGACAACUUCGCGAAAAGGUCUCCUCAUACCUUCUACAUCUUUUGGGUGAUCGAGAGCGCGAGUUACCCAUUCGCGGACCUCAACACCUACAACGGUGUCUUCAACUGGACCAUGACUUAUCGUCUCGACUCGGACUUCCCAAGACCGUACGGGAGUAUAGUGUUCUCACCCAAUGUCUCAGCCAAGACUGCCGCACCCAAAAAUUACGCUCAUGGGAAAACUAAACUGGCCGCCUGGUUUGUCAGUAACUGCUACACCAUCAGCGGCAGAGAGCACCUGGUGAAGGUUCUACAGACACACAUGGACGUGGACAUCUAUGGAGGAUGCGGGACGUUAAUUUGUACGAUAGAAGAGAGCAAUGAAUGCAGGGAGAUGCUGGAGAAAGACUACAAAUUCUACUUGGCCUUUGAGAACAGCCUUUGUGUAGACUACAUCACCGAGAAAUUUUUCGAAACUAUCAAGUACAACGUGGUGCCUGUCGUCUAUGGCCUCGGCUACGAAAGAACUCAAAUUCCCAAGGGCGCCUACAUCGACGUCAUGGACUUUGCCUCCGUACAAGACCUGGCGAGCUAUCUACUCUACCUGGACUCGAACGACACGGCUUACAAUGAGUACUUCAGGUGGAAAGAAGAAGGCUACAAAGCAUUGGAAGGGCAACAUGAGGUGUACAAACAAACUUUCUGCGACGUAUGUGAAAGGCUUCACGAAGCUGAAGACAGGACUGUGGUUGACGUUGCUUCAAACGACGGUGUGCACGUAAACAAAAGUGGACAACAGUUUCAACGCCCAAUGAUCAAAGAAAAGUAUCGAAAGGUUUACAAUAUCAACGAAUGGUUUGCUACUGGACAGUGCAUUUCCCCCAACAACAAUGAAAAGCUCAAGAGUUUCGUUCACGGGAAAUAUGUGAGCCAUGAAGACAUGAAAAGUGAACUGCAGAAGCUCCCGUUACUUUUCAAGCCCAAGAAUUCAACAGACGAUCGUCCAACGUAAAUGAAGGCGAAAGCAAGACCUCAUCCACGCAGUGACUCGAUUUAGGGCAACUUCUGGUUUUCGAUUGUAAUGAAUUUAAAACUCAGUUUGCAACAUGAAUAAACAUGUAAAUGUCUACGAAGACAAUGUGUUCACCCGAUAAAGGGAUCUGCUCAUUGGCACACCGCAGCACUUGAAUUUCUGUUAGUGAUCUGAUUUGUGAUCGAGCCAAUAUUCUACAAACUUGUUCAUCUCAAUAAUUUGAGCACGAUUUCAGAAUUUGUCGCUAUUUCAUAUGAAAAUCGUGAGUGUGCAGAGCAGCAAAGUUGUUAAGAAUAUAAUAAGAUUCGCCUACUACUAGCUUAAGCUUCAAGGAAUUUUAAUAAGCACCAUUUUCCAUUCAACUCACUGCUUUUUUGUAUUGUUUGCACUUGAUGAUUGCACAAUGCACAACGCAAAAAAAAAAAAACUGCAAAAACGUGUGGCGUCUGUUGCCUGUAAAUUAUGAUACGAUAGAAUU